ACCAAGAUGGCGCCAUCAGUUUAUGAAACUCGGAAGGACUAGUUUCUUUCUUGAUUUAUUUUUUUGUCUUAUCGCGAUUACCGAAUACUUUAAGCGGCCUUCGCACAGACGCCAUGGAUGCGGAGAAGCCAGCAAAGCUGGAGUUCGCGGUGCAGAUGACGUGCGAGGGCUGUCGAGAUCAAGUCAGAGCUGCUCUUGAACACAAAGCAGGCGUGCACUCAGUCAGUGUGGACGUCAGCGAGGGACGCGUCCUGGUGGAGACGACCCUGAGCAGCGGCGAGGUGCAGGCCCUGAUCGAAAGCACCCACCGUCGGGCCGUGCUGAAGGGCAUGGGGAGCUUAGAGGAGCGAGAUUUGGGCGCAGCUGUGGCGAUGCUGGCCGGCGAGUGGGGGCAGGUCCAAGGAGUGGUGCGCUUCCUGCAGCUGUCCGCUGAACGCUGCCUGAUCGACGGGACCGUCGACGGCUUGGAGCCCGGCGCCCACGGCCUCCACGUGCACGCGCUCGGCGACCUCACCGAGGACUGCCUCAGCUGCGGCGAGCACUACAACCCGUUUGGAAGACGCCAUGGUGGCCCACAAGAUUCUGAGCGGCAUGUUGGCGAUCUGGGAAAUAUUCUCGCCGGACCCGAUGGCAGAGCGUCGUUCAGACUGGAGGACAGUCAGCUCAAAGUACGCGCACGCACUCACGCACGUGUACAAUUUCGGAGUCUGUCUACAAUGGUGUCGGUGACCCCGCCGCAGGUCCGGGACGUGAUCGGACGGUCUCUGGUGGUGGACGCCGGGGCGGACGACCUGGGCCGCGGCGGCCAUCCGCUCUCCGAACUGACGGGAAACUCGGGCGCCAGGCUAGCGUGCGGGAUCAUCGCCAGGUCGGCGGGCCUUUUCCAGAACCCCAAGCGAGUGUGCGCCUGCGACGGGCUCACGCUGUGGGAGGAGCGAGAGCGGCCGAUCGCCGGGAAAGGGCGGAGCAACCUGUGAAAAUACAUGCAAGCCAAUAGAAAACGUCCAGUAUUUUGGGGGGAAAAGUUCCUUAAAAGAUAAAAAGUAGAAACGUACAAUCAUGUGCAAACUUCUUUUGGCCAGCGGUGCCCAAAACUUUGUGCUCAGGGGCCACAUUUGAUUUUUAAAGUGAAGAGUCAUUUAUAGUUCAGGUAAAAAAAUAAAUAAAAAAAUGGUAAAAUCUCUUAUGUAAUAUUUUUUUCCGCAUCCGCCAGUUCACAAAUGUAACCCCCGUGAAUCACUGAAAACUCACCAGUUUGCUGUUUCUGUGCCAUAUUGGUUAUGAAGUGAGUUGUGGAGAUUAUUUUGACAAAAAUUGUCCUUUGGUGCCAUUUUUUUGGGGCAUCUGCUAUAAAGGUAGUUACAGUACAGUACAAACCAAAGGUCCAACGAUUAAUCGACUUAUUUUGAUCACCGAUGAAUCAGUCAGAGGGUGGUCUCGCUUGAAAUUGUCCAACUCCUCUGAUUUCAGCCUCUCAACAGUAAAUAUUGUCCGAUUUCUGUCGUCCUCCACGAAAGCAGACUGAUUAUCUUUGUGUUUAAUUAAAAAAAAAAGAAAAAUGAUCAUGAACAUUUUUCAUUUGCGGAGCUGCGAACUGCACUUAAAGGGUACUCGCAAGGCUGGUGACUCCUGGAAAUGGUUGUCCCGUCCAUUUCCUCCUUCCUUCACAGAUAAGAACGCCACACCUAUGUAACGCUGUAGUCGUCGGAUAUGUUCAAUCUGCUGUUGUUGUUUUUUUCCCCAUUUCUCUUCUGUUCUCUUUUUGUCCCCCUGUCAUACAUUGCUCCGUGCGGCUGCAUUUCCAAUAAAUAUCAAAAUACAGAC